AAGGGCGGGGCUCCCCAGCCCGGAAGUGACGUCCCGGGCGAGGCCCCGGAUGGUGGUGGAGGAGGCUCCGCGUGAGAUGUCGGGCGCGCUGGAGUGAGAGCUGCGCGUGGGCUCCCCUGGCUGGCGUAGGGGGCGGGUAAGCCGUCGGGGGCCAUUGCCGCCACCCCUUCGCUGCCGUCACCAUGUUCGGCAAGAAGAAGAAGCGGCUGGAGAUCUCGGCGCCGUCCAACUUCGAGCACCGCUUCCACACAGACUUUGACAAGGAGGAGAGGAAGUUUACUGGGCUCCCGCCACAAUGGCAGAGCCUGCUGGCCGACACAGCCAACCGGCCCAAGCCCGUGGUGGACCCCUCCUACAUCACGCCCAUCCAGCUGGCACCAAUGAAGCCCAUCGUGAGGGGCAGCAGCAAACCCAGGGCAGAGAGCGCCAUCAACGGGCUGCUCUCGGAGUUCCGCAACAUCUCAGUGUCGCGCUCAAACUCCCUGCGCAAGGAGAGCCCUCCGUACGCGCGCCGUGAUUCGGGGAAGCAGCGUCCGAGCGUCAUCGAGGAGGACGGACAGGCCGACCAGCCUGACGGUGACGAGGAGGCCGGGGGGCGGCACCUCACGCCGGCUCGCGAGCCCCACCGUGCCGACUACGAGUACAGGGAGUGGCCCGGUGGCGGCAAGUCCUACCAACACGGCUACGACGACCGCGACCACAACAGCAACCGGCACCCGCCCCCCUCUCGCCAAGCCCCUCCACUCCAGCAGCAGCACCGCCAGAAUGGGCAGCAGCAGGAGCCGUACAAGUGGCACUUUCAUCAGGCAGAGCAGGGCCGGCCGCCACCCCCCGAGUACGGCGCAUAUGCCGAUGUCAGGAAGGUGUCGUACCGCCCGGCGGAGCUGCCCGGCAAACACGCGGCCUACCGGGACCGGGACCAUGGCGACGCGGCCGACAGGAGGCCCAAGUCGUCCUUCGUGAGCCCGACGACGCUGGCCGAGCGUAAGGAACGGCCCAAGUCCGGGCCCAGCCUGCGCGAGGGGGACAGCCCCAGCAUGGGCAGCCGCUCUGACGCCCCGGCACCCUCGCCGCCCCAGUACAAGUCCAACAGCUACCCGAGGCAGGGCCCUGUGGCAGCUGCGGGAAAGGCCCGACCAGGGGACAUGGGUCCAGGUAAGUACUCGCCGGGUCCAUCCAGCCAUCCGCCGGCGCCCUACCCAAAACCGGCAACGUCGCGUCCGCCGCCCCCCCAGCACCCAGUCCCCCACGCGACCCCGCGGUCUCAACAGCACCAGCAGCACCAGCAGCAGCACCAGCAGCAGCAGCAGGCUCCCAUCGCCGGCUACGGGCAGCACGUGAGCCCGCGCACGCACGCCUCCGUGGAGCUGCCCCGUCAGCGGCCGCCCCAGCCGCCCUACCCCCAGCAGCCCACGGCCUCCCCGGGCCAGCACGCUCGAGCCGGUGCCCUUCCGCAACCGUACAAGCCGCCGCCGCUACCGCCACAACCGCCGCAGCACGGCGGCCCCCCUCCGUACUACGGAGCCCCACCGCCGCCGCCGCCGCACCAGCACCAGCAGCAGCAGCAGCAUACCUACACUGCGGCAGGCGCACAGCUGGUGGGGCCUGCGGCGCAGCACGCCCUGCCACAUCCGCAACACGGCGCUCACCCUUCGCCUCACUACACAGGGCCUCCCCCUGGUGGUAAACCGGCUCCACCUGUGGUGCACAAGACGACUCCCAGCCACCAACUGGCCCCGCAGCAACAGCAGCCUCCGCAUCACCAUCAUCACCACCAGCAGCAGCAACAGCAGCAGCGCGAGCCCCCGCGCAUCUCGCACGAGCAGUUCCGCGCGGCGCUGCAACAGGUGGUGGACCCCGGCGACCCGAGCGAGUACCUGGAGAACUUCAUAAAGAUCGGCGAGGGCUCCACGGGCGUCGUGUGCCUCGCCGUGGACCGGCGCUCGGGCCGCCAGGUGGCCGUCAAGAAGAUGCACCUGCGCAAGCAGCAGCGCAGGGAGCUGCUCUUCAACGAGGUGGUGAUCAUGCGCGAGUACCACCACGAGAACGUCGUGGACAUGUACAACAGCUACCUCGUCGCCGACGAGCUCUGGGUUGUCAUGGAGUUCCUGGAGGGCGGCGCGCUCACCGACAUCGUCACACACACCAGGAUGAACGAGGAGCAGAUCGCGACGGUGUGCGUGUCGGUGCUGCGGGCGCUGGCCUACCUGCACGGCCAGGGCGUCAUCCACCGCGACAUCAAGAGCGACUCCAUCUUGCUCACGGCCGACGGAAGGAUCAAGCUCUCGGACUUCGGGUUCUGCGCUCAAGUUUCCAAGGAGGUGACACGGCGGAAGUCACUGGUGGGAACCCCGUACUGGAUGGCGCCAGAGGUCAUCUCCCGGUUGCCCUACGGACCCGAGGUGGAUGUCUGGUCGCUGGGCAUCAUGGUGAUCGAGAUGGUUGACGGGGAGCCACCGUACUUCAACGAGCCGCCACUGCAGGCCAUGCGCAGGAUCCGCGACAACGUCCCUCCCAAGAUGAAGAACAUCCAGAAGGCAUCACCGCUGCUCAGGGGCUUCCUGGACCAGAUGCUGGUGCGGGACCCGGCGCUCAGGGCCACGGCGCUGGAGCUGCUGCAGCACCCGUUCCUGCAGAACGCGGGGCCGCCCGCCUGCAUCGUACCGCUCAUGCGGCAGCACCGCGGCCGAUAGCCGGCCCCUCGCCCGUCCGAUUGCCGCCGCCAACCCGCUCCGCCACCCCGCUCCGCCACAAGGUGCCACGAUGAGGGCUUUACGCAAGACGCACUCUCGCCCCGAGCACGACGCGACCCUCGACCCUAUCCGCACCGCCCCGCGAUUCCUCCCGCGGCACGGGAAUGUUUGUCGCGGCAUAGUCAUGGCGAAACGGCCGAGCGAAGCGCUGGGGGCUGCCCUAUGCCGGCGACUGGCCCUGUGGCGCUGCGGCGCCGGAGUCAUUCUCUGCUGCGUGUGAUACUUGAAAGCCUGAGGUGUGGGGGGACCCGGCUCUCGCACGGAGCAAGGUAAACUCUGCAGAGUUUAAAAUCACACCUGAAACGGACGUCUUGGUGGUCGCCGAAGGCUGGAGCGUGGUCGGCGCUUGGCAAUUGAAGAAAGAUAAUUAGCAGUGCUCGACAUUUCUACACGUCUUAUAACGAUGCCAGCCUUGGUCUCCUCCGAGCAUUUUUUUUUAAUUGACAUCUCAUACUUUACAUAUCAUGUGCUAAAAAUACUGUAUGGUGCACACUGGGAAAGAUAGGUCUUAUUCAUUUUAUACAUAUCCGCACAUUUCUCAAGACACUAAUGUUUGUUUUUGUAAAGUGAAUCACUACGCUGGGAGUGCCGCGCCCAGGGGACGGGGGGAGGAAGCGCGGGCAAAUUAUCCGGAGCCGAUGGCGGCUGUCGCGGUCGGCUCCAUCCGAGGCCGUGGAUCGUGAUAGAACGCCGUGCGUCGUCAUCGUCGUCACCUCUCCGCUGGCCGGGGGGUUGGAACUUGCCAAGCCCAGGUGUUCACAUCAACUCGCUGUUUUCCCCCUUGAGGAUUCUUCUUAUAGUAUUACCCGUCAAGUUUUUUUUAGUUUGUUAUUUUUUUGUAUUUAUCAAGUAUUGUAGGUGGAAAGGCCCUAGGCAUUGUAAUUUAUAGUGGAGUGGGAGCAGGUGGCAGGGUUGGCUGCUGCCUGCGCACCCACUCUCGUCGAGUCUGGUUCUGUUCUUGGUUUCCCCGGUCCCAACAGGCAGCGGUGCCCCACCUGGCACUCAUCUCGGGGUUAGCCCCAGCCCGCUGCUCAACCCAAUGGGAGCGGAUGCGUCUGUCCGAGCCGCGGGUCAUUGCGAGUGGCCCAACACACAAGCAAUAUCAGCAGGGCCUCUCUCACGCCUAGUCGCGGCCCGGUUUGGAGGAGCCUGCUUUGCUGAGACGGGGGUUCUGGCCAGUGUUUUUAGGGGCCGGUGGCCAAAAUUGGACAUUGGCAUCGAUGCUCCCAGUGUUCCACGCCAUGCACGUGUCCCACGUUGCCGGCUGCUCGGCGCCGAGGUUCGUACACGACGGACGGCCCCGCUGGCGUCGGCCGCGAUGGGGUGGGCCCCGCUGGCGCCAGUCGGCUGGUGCCUCCCUGCCGCAGGGUGGCCCGUCACUCACCUCGAUGUCGUCCAACGACCGGGCCCGCACACUGCGAAUGCAACUACUGAGCUGUGAGCGGAGAAUAAUAAAAACACUGAAGUCUUGUUUUUGCAGCUAAUAAUAGAUGUAAAAAAAUGUUUAAGAAAAAAUAUGCUUGUAUAUUGUAGAUUUUCCAAAUAUAUACUUGUAUAUUGUAGAUUUUUGUAAGGAGGCUCGGUUUUGUUUCUCCGCUGUAUGAAGGGUCUCGUUAGCCCGCGAGGGGUCGUCAUGGUUACACGACGACCUGCGUACAUGCUGUGUAGUUUAUUCGCGGCGCUGUGCAAGGGAGAACCUGGAAGCGUUGCACGGUUUUCUCCGCGUUCACGAUUCGCGGAGUGUGAGGCCUGAUCCCAGCAGAGGACACAGUGCUGUGUGGCGGCGCAGCGGUCCCUGCGCUGCACCACCAACCCAGCCACCCAAGUUGAAUUCCCAGCCAAGGUCAACAGUGGUCAUCGGUGACGUGUAUUAUGAACAGAUCCUGUACGUUCUCAGCCUUAAACGAAUACCUGGCGCGGUGUUUAAUCACACGGCCCCUUUGCCGUCAUCGCGACGAUAAAGCCACACCCCAGCUUUAGCAGAUGGCACUGUGUCCAUUGCCGUGCCCAUGCCUCGUCCGUACUGUUUAUAUAGAACUCGUGCACUGGGUACGACUUGCUUGCCGUUAGGGGCACGCGUCUUCGGGUAAUGGAGUGAUGGUUAUGAAGUUCAUGAUGACGGUGAUGACGUGAAGUAUCCUGUUAAGGGGUGGGCAGUGUCCCGUGUGGACCCCAGCAACUCUCUCUGCCCUUACAUCGUGAAUUCUGACGGUUUUCUCGGAUGCCAACUGAAUCCACGACUGGCGCCCUCCUACACCUGUCAUGGCUGGAGUCAACCUGGAUUGGCCCGAGCACCCACAGACGGGGUUUCCUUUUGUCCAGGCACCUGCAGGCGAAGGUCAUCCGCUUGGCUGUCGAUAAAGCUCGGUCAUAUCUUGCAUUGGCUCGCACGUGGGACUUUUAAAAAAUGGGAAUUACCGUUAAAACUUUUUAAGUUUUUGUAAAGUAAAAAAAAUCCCGUGUCCUCAAACAAGCUGUGGGAGUUCUUUGUCUUUGCAGUCACCACAGGCCAUGUGAAAGUGUCUGACCCUGUGCGUUCCGUCAAUUCUUCAACAAACGUACGCCUCGUCUAUGACGCAAACAAUCCAGGCAGCAGGUUCACUUGCUGCCGUUGCAGUGUCCCGCCACCAUGCCAUGCGCAGCUCGUGGGACUCCGGCUCAUCUAAGAGUUGGUUGCACGAGAAGCGAGGCUGCCCAGGGCUCCAGCAGGCGAUGGAGACCACUGCCCGUGCCUGGAACAGGUAAAAGAUAGCGACAGCCUGGCCGCACCGACAUCUCUCGUCACUGAUGUGACUCCCCCCCCCCCCCCACCCUUCCGCUCGCUCUCACGGCCCCAUGUGACGGAGAAUGACCCCAGUGGUGGCUCCCUACUUAGCAAGAGGUUGCAGCACCACGUGGACGAUUAAUUCAACCUGUAAUGUGCUGUCGCACAAUAUCUGCUUGAAGAAACGACUCGGCAUUGAAGAACCACGAGAAGCGGGAAAACGUGGUGACCCAGUGCCAACAAUUACCGAAAUUCUGCAGCCCUCAAAGGUAUUACUGGCUAUUUAAUGGCGGUUUACCACCCAGGUUGGGGGGAAACACUAUCCCAUAUGGAUGCAACAAGUGGAGUCCAUAUUUUUUACUGUAUCGCCGUCUGACGAGCCAGGGUAUGACACCUCGAUGCCCAGGGGGAACGGAGUUUAACGUGUGCGCGAUCCACAAACCCUCCACAGUGCGAGAUUACUGUUGUGUAAGUGAACAAAAAACCAGUGUGUAUGUGAGAGAUCGCGCUGAAGGGUGUGCAUGGCUAUUAACCACACCACUGUUUAGAAGGUUUUAAAAUUACGAACAAGCUUGCAUUGUUUGACAAGCGGAAGAAUAAAUGUUCUCAUGCCAUGCGCUAAAGUAAAACUAUGCCAGAGAAUAUACAUUACCUAAAGUUGGAACUAUUUGGCGAUGUCUCCAGACAAAAUUAGAGAAGUUAGUUUGGUUUCAUACAAAUGGAAACGAUUGCCAAUGUGCUAAAUAUUUUAAACAUUUUAAACUUUUAUUAUUUUGUACCUACCUAUUACAAACACGAUGACAACUUACUUUGUUCCCUUUUUGUGUUUACCCUCAACACAAAACGUAACAUUUUAUAGAACAGAUAACCUUAUUACCAAUUUCAGAUUAUUUUUGUUUUACAUUAUGAUUAUUCCACUUGUUUGCAGAGGUAAGCCUCACCGAGUCUCAAGACUCUUUCGCAGGAGGAGGGUGGUGGUGCUGCUGCUACCGUUUGUGGUCCCCUAAGUUGCCGCAGUCUCGUGGAUUCCUGUCGAGGAUCCUGGAUCUUACGAUGGUGCUACGAUAGCUCCGCAAGACACGCACGUCUCCUGAGAAACGGCUGGAGGCAGCGUGGCGUGCAGUCCGUGCAUUUAUUCAACUUUGUACAAACGCGCGUACGGUACGCGCACACGACGUGCAGAGCCCUCGCGCAGAUGGAGCCUCAGUGCAGCCACGUCUCGCAUGGCUCACGGGAGACGGCAGCAGCGACUGUGAUCAUCACGAAUCCAUGGCCGACCACAGGGGAGAGGUGGGGGUGGGGGGGGAGGCGCGCCAGUAGCGGGCAGUGGCCACGUCCACCCGGGAGGAA